AUGGGCGCAGCGGAAGGCCAGCCGAUAAUCAACAUUCGAAUAUUCGGGAAAAGCCUCAAGCAGUUGGCCAAGGAUGGGAUUUCGUUGGAAUCUUUGCUGAUAAGUAUCGGAUUGACAAAUGUAGAUAUUACUGAAGAGAUUCCUUAUCAACCAACACUCAGUACUACAGUAUGCAAUGUAGACGUUCCCCGAUGCUCAACUCCAAACAAUCGACAGCUGGAUCUUCGAAGGAAAAUCACAUUUAAUUUGCCUGAAAGGAUAUCGGAAAUCACUCCUAACAGUGAUGAUAAUUUUUCAAUAGAUAAUCAGUGGAAAUUGGACGUCGAUGAAGUUAUAAAUCGCCUAUUAGAAGUCGUUGAGGAGAACAUACAUAGGAUUCCUCUAGUUUUUGGGCGAUUCUCUGUGGAAUCCUUCCCGGUUUACCCGACUUUUGAUUUUCCUCAGCCGAGAAUAAAUGACCAACCAACACUCAGCACUACAGUAUGCAAUUUAGAAGUUCCGCGAUGCUCAACACCGAACAAUCGACAACUGGAUAUUCAAAGAAAAUUCACGCUUAACUUGCUUGAAAGGAUAUCUGAAAUCACUCCUAACACGGAUGAUAAUUUUUCAAUGGAUAAUCAGUGGAAAUUGGACGUGGAUGAGGUUAUAAAUCGCUUAUUAGAAGUCGUUGGGGAGAAUGUUUCUGCGCAAUUCGAAUCAUCUCCGGUUUACCCGAGUAUUGAUUUUUCUCAUACAUCGCGCCAACCGACACUCAGCACUACAGUAUGCCAUGUUCCCAGAUGCUCGACUCCAAAAGUUUGUAGUCCAAAACUGGAAAUUCAACGAAAAUUCACGCUUAACUUGCCUGAAAGAAUAUCUGAAAUUCCUCAUGAGACUGAAGGAAAUCAUCUGAGAUUUGAAGUGGCUGAAGAUGUCGAAUGUAUUAGAGCAGGAGUAGAGAAUCCAGCUGAUCCUUCUUUUGAUCAGUAUCACACAGCUUCGAUUGAGGAUACUGUUGAUUUAUCAGAAGAGUAUCCAAAAGAGCAAUAUUUUCUGAAAACCACGAGCGACUCAGAUUACGUUGAUUGGGAGGAUUGUGACAAAAACGGGGUGUUCGUGUUCAAUUGCAAUUUUCCGAAUUGCAAUCAUCAAAUCAAAUGGAAACGUAAAGCGAGAUUACAAUUCCUAUCCCAUGCUCUGGUUCACAACACGAAAGAAGUCUUCAAAUGCAUAAAGUGCAAAAGACAGAAGUUGAUGAUGAGCAGUUACGAUAAAUUACGGAGUCAUUAUGUGAGCAAACAUCCAACUGUCAAGGUGCCCAGAAUCGGAUUGUACGAACAUUUCGCCGGUGACGAAUUCUUGAAAAAUCUGGUGAAUGAAUGUUUUGGAAAGGAAAUCGAUGUGAUCAACAAACGAAUCAAACGGAAGGUUCUAGAACGGAAGCAGGUUCCAGUGGUUGCAUCCUUCAUUUCCGAAGAGUUCUAA